CCCGGGCAGAGUCUCCUCGCCUGAGGAACGGCCGCCGCGGGCUCCGGCCUGGGGAGAGCAGGCAAGUUGCUCAACUCGUCACUUUCAGGUCUCGGCUUCUCGGAGUCGCGCUCCUUGCCCCGCGGCUGCACAGGUGGGCCGGGCUCCGCCCUCGCGGCCCGGGCGGAGAUGGCUCCGUCUGCAGCGCCGAGGAGCCUCCACACAGCUCUCCGUGGUGCUGGACCAGUUUGCACGCCCACCAGCAGUGCAGUGAAGCUAUUAAGUACCUCACAGAAGCUCUUCAGUCCGUCAGUGAAAUAGAGCUUGAAGAUGCACUGGAAAAGAUCAUCGAUGCAGUUGAAAAGCAACCCUUGUCAUCAAACAUGAUUGAACGAUCAGUAGUGGAAGCAGCAGUCCAAGAAUGCAGUCAGUCUGUAGAUGAAACUAUAGAACAUAUUUUCAAUAUCAUUGGAGCCUUUGAUAUUCCACGCUUUGUGUACAAUUCAGAAAGAAAAAAAUUUCUCCCUCUUUCAAUGACCAACCACCCUGCACCAAGUUUAUUUGGAACAGCCCGAGAUAAAGCAGAGUUAUUUCGUGAACGAUACACCAUUUUGCACCAGCGGACACACAGACAUGAAUUAUUUACUCCUCCAGUGAUAGGUUCUCACCCUGAUGAAAGUGGAAACAAAUUCCAGCUUAAAACAAUAGAAACCUUAUUGGGCAGUACAACCAAAAUUGGAGAUGUGAUUGUUCUUGGAAUGAUAACUCAGUUAAAGGAGGGCAAAUUUUAUCUGGAAGACCCUACAGGAACAGUACAACUGGAUCUUAGUAAAGCUCAGUUCCAUAGUGGUUUAUAUACAGAGUCAUGCUUUGUCUUAGCAGAAGGUUGGUUUGAAGAUCAAAUAUUUCAUGUCAAUGCCUUUGGAUUUCCACCCACUGAACCCUCUAGUACUACCAGGGCAUACUAUGGAAAUAUUAAUUUUUUUGGAGGACCUUCUAAUACGUCUGUGAAGACUUCUACAAAACUGAAACAACUAGAAGAUGAGAAUAAAGAUGCUAUGUUUGUGUUUAUAUCUGAUGUUUGGUUGGACCGAGUAGAAGUACUAGAAAAACUUCACACCAUGUUUUCUGGUUACUCACCAGCACCUCCAACCUGCUUUAUACUGUGUGGUAAUUUCUCAUCUGCACCAUAUGGAAAAAAUCAAGUUAAGGCUUUGAAAGAUUCCCUAAAAUCUUUGGCAGACAUAAUAUGUGAAUAUCCAAGUAUUCACCAAAGCAGUCGUUUUGUGUUUGUACCUGGCCCAGAGGAUCCUGGAUUUGGUUCUAUCCUACCGAGGCCACCACUUGCUGAAUGCAUCACUAAUGAAUUCAAACAACGAGUACCAUUUUCAGUUUUUACUACGAAUCCCUGCAGAAUUCAGUAUUGUACACAAGAAAUUAUUGUCUUUCGUGAAGACUUGGUGAAUAAAAUGUGCAGGAACUGUGUCCGUUUUCCUAGUAGAAACUGGGAUAUUCCUAAUCAUUUUGUAAAGACUAUCUUAUCCCAAGGACACCUGACUCCUCUACCUCUUUAUGUCUGCCCAGUGUACUGGGCAUAUGACUAUACUUUGAGAGUGUAUCCUGUGCCUGAUCUACUUGUCAUCGCAGACAAAUAUGACCCUUUCUCUUUGACCAAUACUGAAUGCCUCUGCAUAAAUCCUGGCUCUUUUCCAAGAAGUGGAUUUUCAUUCAAGGUUUUUUAUCCUUCCAGUAAGACAAUAGAAGAUAGCAAACUUCAAGGGUUUUGAGCCUUCCAGACCAUCUGCAGUAAAUUUUCUUCUUAAUCUUGUAUUUUAUGUAGUUUUGAUAUUAAGUUACAAUAAAAUUAUAGUACACCUUAGAACGUUGUACUUAAAUUUGUAUUUUAUGAAAUUUUGGUAUUAGCAACCAUGAUGAUGGUACACUUUACAAAGUUUUAUAAGAAAAAUAGUUUCUGGGCCUCCCCGGUGGCACAGCGGUUGAGCGCUGGGUUGCGAAGCUGCCUGCAGCCUCUGCAGUGGCGGUUCGAUCCCCGGCUGCUCCCCGGCCACUGGAGGAGGGUCCCACAUGGCGCGCAGACCUCUCCUGCCGCCCGCUGCUCCCCUCAGCAGUGUACUUCAGUCCUUCUGCCUGCUCUGCUCCCUGCUCUGGCUCUGGUGAAUUCUCUCACCCUCCCACACUUCUGACUGUACCCAG